AUGUCCACGAAACAAACUCUCGGCUUCUUCACCCACGCCCUCAAAUCAUUCACAUCAUCCCAAGAUGCAUUCCGCGUGCUAUGUACCGUGCCUCGUUCCGCGUCCUCACCGUCCAACUCACCCACCGCGUCAUUAUCACCCAGACACCCAUCUCACCCGGUAACCACCCUCAUCAUCCUAGACUCGAGCUUCAACCCGCCCACCAAGGCACACGCCCAAAUGGCCUCUUCAGCCAUCACACACGCCGGCCCCAACGCACGACUCAUGCUCCUCCUAGCAGUCAACAACGCCGACAAGGCAGCCGUCCCUGCGUCCUUUGCGCAGAGACUAGCCAUGAUGGAAGGGUUUGCGCGCGACCUGCAUGAUAGCGCGGGCCAGAAUACAGAGAUUGACGUGGCUGUCACGACGAUGCCGUUCUUUCAUGAAAAGGCGAGAGUUGUAGCUGAGUCGGGCGUGUAUGGGUCCGCAGAACAAGUCUUCCUGUGUGGGUUUGACACGCUGAUUCGUAUAUUUAAUGCGAAGUACUACGGUGGGGGUAUGAAGGAGGCGCUGGGGCCGUUUUUUGGGCGGGCUAGGGUGAGGGUUGUGAUGAGGCCGGAUGAUGAAUGGGGUGGAAGGGAUGAACAGGUUAAGUAUGUGGAGGGGUUGGAGGGGAUGUUGGGAGAUGUUGGGGGUGAGGAGUGGGCGAGGAGGGUUGAGAUGGUGGAUGGGGUUGAGGGCGUGGUUAGUAGUUCGAUGGUGAGGGCGUUGGUGAGGAGGGAUGGGGAUGUUGAUGCGUUGGUUGGGGGGGAGGUGAGGGCUUGGAUUGAGGGGGAGGGAUUGUAUCGUGAGUAG